AUGGACGCCACAGAUCAACUCUCCGUUGCCGCCCGGCAUAUCCAAAACCAUAGUGAGGCUUCUUCAUUAGAGCCUCACUGGGGAUAUGCUGACCGUGUCGUUCCGUGCACCAACGAUGCCGGCUCCUGCGAGUACCUAGACAAUGUGUACUGGUCCCACGACGUCGGCAUGAUCUACAUGGGGAUCUUAUGGUGCACCAUCGGCGGCAUCCUGCUUGUGUGGGCUAUCGGCCGGCACCUGUUUCCCGAGAAGAGGGCCGACCAGCAACUUGGCACUGUUGUCGAUAGCCAGGAAAGCUCCGUCGAGGCUCCCCGUCACGGCUUAGCCCGCCUAAGGCAGUCUUUUGAUGCAUAUCGCCGUGCCUACUUACUGCCAGAAUCCGUCAGAUCGAUCUUCGGACCAACCACCCGUCUCCAGGUUCUGAUUCUAGCUGUUCUCUCAGGCUAUAUCAUCAUCUGGACUUUUGUUGGAAUUACUUACAAGAAAUGGAUAACUCCCGUGAAGAACUCGCCCGGCCUGUUCAACAUUCGUUCCGGCCUGGGGCCAUUCUCCGACCGCAUCGGUGUGAUCGCCUACGCUCUGACCCCCCUCUCCGUCAUGCUUUCCAGUAGGGAAUCUAUUCUAUCUCUCCUCACAGGAGUCCCCUACCAGAAUUUCAACUUCCUGCACCGCUGGCUAGGGUACAUUAUUGUUAUCCAGGGCUCGGUCCACACCAUCGGCUGGUGCGUUGUCGAGAUCCGCCUCUACCAGCCCCAGCCCUCCACCGCCAUCACUUGGAUCCAGCAGCUGUACAUGAUCUGGGGCGUCGUCGCCAUGAUCCUCUUGCUCCUUCUUUUCCUCCUGAGCACCAAGUGGGGUAUCCGACUCACAGGUUACGAGACUUUCCGCAAGCUGCAUUACAUCUUGGCUAUGGUAUACAUCGGCGCCUGCUGGGGUCACUGGAAGCAGCUGGAAUGCUUCAUGAUUCCCUCACUAGCCAUCUGGCUGCUGGACCGCGCCAUCAGACUCAUCCGAUCAGCUCUAAUCCACUAUCAAUUCCUCCCAGAUGGGUCCAUGGGUUUCAGAGCGGCACCAGCAGCCAUUGUCCACUUUCCCGAUCACGACUCCGGUGACGUUGUCAGACUAGAUUUCCGGCAUUCUCAGGAGGCCUGGAAUGUGGGACAGCACUUUUACCUGUGCUUUACAGAGGGUAGCAUCUGGCAGGCACACCCGUUUACACCCUUAAGUUACCCGAUCGUCGAGAACGGAACGGUGCUGCACUCUUAUAUCUUCCGAGCGAAGAGUGGCGAGACCAAGAAGAUUGCGGCUCUCGCUGCCACCAAGCUCAACGAGAACGAGCUUGCCACAACCCCCGUCAUUCUUCAAGGCCCAUAUGGAGAAUCCCUCAUGGAGAACCUAACUCCUGACGUCAACGUCCUCUGCGUCGCUGGCGGGACCGGUAUCACCUACGUCCUUCCUGUUCUGCUCGGCCUGAUACAGACCGCUCCCGUCACCAAUCGCUGUGUCGAGCUGAUAUGGGCUGUACGGAAGGAAAAGGACAUGAAGUGGAUUGAACAGGAGCUACAGAUCCUCCGAGCAGCAGUAACAAGUCACCAACUCAAGCUUCGCGUUUUUGUCACCCGAGAGGAAGGUCCUGCGCCACCGGUACGGACUGAGAAGGCCAAGGAAGUGACUGAGGAGUCUAAGGAAGUGGGUUCGUCGGCAUCCUCUUCUGUGUCAAGAGAACGAAGUACGCCUGCGGCGCGGGAGAUUGACGUGCGACACCCUUGUCACGACAGCCAGAAUUCACAUCCAGACUUGAAGCAAAUAGUCACCCGGUUUGUUGAUGGCACAGUUCGUGGCCCUACCACGGUCUAUGCUAGUGGGCCUGCCGCCAUGAUCAGUGAUCUGCGUAGCAUUGUCGCUGCUUGCAACUCUGGAGCUCGGGUGUGGAAGGGGGAGAGCCGAUACGAUGUCAGCUUGAUGGCUGAUGAUCGCUUGGAAUGGUAG